GUAGGCGGCAACUACGAAAUUUCCUGAGACUUCAAGCCAUGUUUUACCUCGGGAUAGGAUUGUACCGCAAGUAUCACUAGUAGGAAGAGGAAGCGAUGGUCCUUCUGUUUAUGGCACAAACAUAUUGGCGUCAAAUGCCGGUGGCCGUUGUCAGAAAAUGCAGGAUAUGCGGAACAGAAACCAGCCAAUACUGCACCUUCAACCUCCACAAUGAUAGGAAACAUAGGGAUAAAAGUAGACACGAUACCCUCGACUUGGGCUAUUGUGAAACCAGUAAUCAAGAUUCCCAGCACUACCUUAGACUGUCGAGACAUCGCAUACACCCGCAUUGCCAUUACACCUGAAACAUAUCAACGUUCAAAUGCGGAAAGAGAAGAAAGGAAUCAGGGUGAUGCCAACUGUGAGUCGGAGGCAUACCGCAACUAUGCUUAGCACACCUUGUAAAGUCGCCCAUAUCAUAGUUGUCGUCACGUUCAACACGAUCAGGUAUGCUCCGC